UGUGCGUGUAUGUAUGUAUGUGUGCGGGGAGAGGACAUUUACUCCGUCUCUCCUCUAAAUCUCUUUGCCCCAAAUUGAAGCAGUGAAUGAAGCAGCAUCCAAGAGGGCCAGACUAGCCCCAACCUUCAAGUUGAAAUCCUCCACAUUGCCAAUGGCACUGCUGCUCCACUUGCUUCUUUGGGUCCAGGUAGCUAACGCUCAGGGCACAGAAGAGCCUGAUCUGUUGUACCACGGCUGUUCAGAGGGGAGCUGUUACCCAGCCACAGGGAAUCUGCUCAUUGGGAGGGCCCAAAGCCUGACUGCUACAUCAACCUGUGGCAUGGAAGGGCCUCAAGAGUACUGCAUUGUCAGCCAUCUGCAGGAUUCUGAGAAAUGCUUCACUUGCGACUCACGUUCACCGUCCCUGCGUGAGAGCCACCGCCUUGAAAAUGUCAUCUACCUGAGUGGCCAGGAUGGGGAGCAGACCUGGUGGCAGUCUGCGAAUGGUGUAGAACAGGUCAGCAUCCGCUUGGACCUUGAAGCCGAGUUCCACUUUACUCACCUCAUAAUGAAGUUUAAGACAUUCCGCCCAGCCGCCAUGUUGAUUGAACGUUCAUCAGAUUUUGGGCACAGCUGGAAGGUUUAUCGCUACUUUGCCUUCAACUGCUCCAAGCUCUUUCCUGAGAUUCCUAUCCAGGUCCCAACACAUGUCAACCAGGCAGUGUGUGACCAGCGAUACUCCGAGAUUGAGCCCUCCAGCCAUGGCGAGGUGAUUUUCAAAGUGCUGGAUCCAGCUGUGAAAGUAGAGGACCCCUACAGCCAGGAAAUCCAAGAUCUGUUACGUGUCACCAAUCUGCGGGUGAACUUCACAAAGUUGCACACCCUGGGUGACAACCUACUGGACUCGCGUGAUCAGGUCCUGCAGAAAUACUACUACGCUGUGUACGAGAUGGUGCUGCGCGGGAGCUGCUUCUGCUACGGACAUGCCUCUGAGUGCGCCCCCCUGUCUGCAGUGCCAAGCAGAGUUGAAGGCAUGGUAAGGCAGAAUAGCGGGAUCCACGGACGAUGUGUCUGCAAGCACCACACCAAGGGCCUCAACUGCGAGCUCUGCAAGGACUUCUACCAGGAGUUGCCAUGGAAACCAGCUGAGGCCCACCAUCCGCAUGCCUGCAAAGGUGAGACUGUUUGCGUUUGCACAGAGCUCUGGGGAAUAAUACAGUGA